UCAACCAGACCGUCCUUCGUCAGUUAACUAUGGGCUAAUCACAAUUCAGGAAGCCCAAAACUAUUAAAGUAUGUAUAUCUGCUCUCUCUUUUUUGUUUGACUGAGCAUAGUAUUCAACUCAAAGAUGAUCACUGUUUCUUUCUUUCUCUAUAUCUCAAAAAGGAAACCGACAACACAAAGGAUUUGCAGAAAGUGCAGCUACUUAGUUCCAUUUUCAUCCUCUCUCCAUUAACUUUCAGUCAAAACAAAACAAAACCUCUUUAGGUGUGAAAUUCCACGUGCCAAAAUCAUCUCCGAGGCACCAACAUCGGCAGCCACAUAUUUCUUUAUUUAUUGUUUCUUUCUCAGAAGGAAUCAGUAUAUAAAACACCUGCUUUCUAACGGUGGCGCACCAGAGGGGUUUAGGUUCAGGUUCGGGGAAGUUCUUCGCGGCGGAGCAAGGCGGCGAUGAGGAAGCGGAAGAGAGUACUGAGGUAGGUUCUGUUCCGAGCCAUGUGGUGUCAGCCUCUGCAGCUUCGGCCCAAACCAAUCAGUGGGUGCCGCGGGGAAGUGGUUUUCCCAUGAUGUCACGUUUUAUGCAUGCGCCUUCUCCCGUUCUGUCUUCUUCGCAUCCUCAUUUGGGAGUUGGCCACAAGAGAGAGCGUGAAGAUGACACUGGCGCUGGUGCGAGUGGAGGUGUUGCUAUUGCAGCAGCUUCUUCACAAACGCAAACACAAGAGAUUGAAAGUGCUGGCGGCGACAGGAGGAGGAGAUACAGGGGAGUGAGGCAGAGGCCGUGGGGGAAAUGGGCGGCAGAGAUUCGCGAUCCUCACAAAGCGGCGAGAGUGUGGCUUGGGACAUUCGACACUGCCGAGGCUGCGGCCAGAGCCUACGAUGAAGCCGCAUUGAGGUUCAGAGGUAACAGAGCAAAACUUAAUUUCCCCGAAAACGUUGUACCGGUUCCACCUCCUCCUCCGGUUCCCGAUUUACCGGCAAGUGCGGUAGCCGGUUCCGAUUCCAUUUCCGGUUCCGGUUCAGUGGUGGCAGGUUUUUCGCCGACGCUGAUGCAGGGAGCGCCGUUUCAGGGCUCCUCUGCUUUUCUGAGAGAUUAUUGGGGGUAUUCUCAGCUGCUGAGGAGUACAGGGGACUUCCAUGGACUCGACCAGUGGUUCUUUGAUUCUCAAAUGGCAGCGUUUCAAUCUUCUUCAUCGUCGUUGUUGCCAUCGCCGCCGCCGCCGUCGUUUUCGCCUUCCUCUGAUUCGUAUCCUCUGUUUUCUUCCAGCCAGCAAAUGGGGAUUUUCCGGCCGCCGGGAGAGCAGGGUCAUGGCGGAGAAGACGGUGGUAGUGGGUCAGAGUUUUCGGAGCUUCCACCUUCGACGUGGUCAGAUACCAGUGGCUAUCCUCCUCCACCACCUGGUUGACAUGGAAUACACAUUUUUUUUCUUUAUUCUAUUUUUUCUCUUUCUUUGGUUAAAGAAAGAACAAGGCUUUCUUCUGUUUAUUUAUUUUAAUUUAUCCGUUUUUGCUUUUUUAGAUUAUUUGGAGUCCAGUUCACUGAAUUUUUAUGUGGUUUUGGGUUAAACUGUUACUAUUUGCUGCUGUUAUUUGAAUAAAUACUAUUUGAAGAGUAGGGAGUAGGGAAUGGGAGGUUGGAGGAUGCAUGAUAAAGGCUUUAAGCCUUUGAGGUAGAUACGAAUGGAGUUUAAGUGGUACGAGGCAGCACUUUGAAGAAUUGUUUAGAGAUAAAGACAAAGCAGUACUUAGGUUGGAAGCUGAGUUUAUUCCAGAUUAUCAACUCAAUGGAUUUGAUGUUAACAUUUUGUCAACAAUCCACGCAAAGGUGAAGAAACCAAUAUCUUUUAUAAAACCUGUUCCCAAUAAACCAACUUUUUUAUUAUGGAAUGAGGAUUGAGGGAUGUAUUUAGAAGAUAUAAUACUAAUUUAGUGUGAUAUGCAUAAUUUUGGUUUUUAA